AUGAGCAGCAGUAGUAGUACUUUAUCAUUAGUAUUAUCACUAAAGUCAAUAACAUUACAAUUGAAUCGCAGUGUGACAAUUUUGAUACUAUUGUUGGGUCAAUUUGGUAAUAUAUUAAAUAUCUAUAUAUUUACACGUAAACCAUUACGUAGAAAUACUUGUGGUCUUUAUAUAUUAUCAUCAACAAUAGCAAAUAUAUUUUCAUUUACAUUUGGUCUUAUUCCAUAUAUUCUAUCCAGUGGUUAUGGUAUUAAUUUAUCAACACGUUCAGCAUUUAUUUGUAAAUGUCAAUCUUAUUUCUAUUAUGUUUGUCUUAUAUUAUCAUCAUGGUUUCUUUUAUUGGCAUGUAUUGAUCGUUAUUGCUCAACACAUCGAUCAGCUCAAAGACGAAAAUUUAGUCGUUUAUCAAUAGCUUAUCGUUUAAUUUUAAUAACAACUAUUAUUUGUUUUCUAAUACAUAUACAUUUUUUAAUUUAUAUUUAUUACACUUCAACAAAUCAAUGUGCAGUAUUAACACAAACAUAUAUAAUAUUUCUUUAUUGUUAUCUAGUUAUAUUUUAUUCAUUAUUAACGCCAUUAAUCUAUCUUUUAUUUGGUAUAUUAACAGUUUUAAAUGUAAAAAAAUCAAGUCGUCGAAUUAUACAAACAGUAAAUCAACGAACAAUAAAUACACAGUUAAUAAAAAUAUUACUAAUACAAAUAUUAUCCUAUACAUGCCUAACAUUACCAUAUUCAUUGAUGAAUUUAUAUUUACUUUUAUUAUCUUAUUAUAAAGUAGAACGAUCUCAAGAAAGACAAGCAAUU